GUUCCCGUUCCGGGCGAGGCGGCGGCGUUGGCGCUGGGAUGGAUCGGGAGCUGCUCCGACAGGCGCUGAGCCACCACGGCCCCGCGCUGCUGUCGCUGCUCCGCGCCGAGCAGCACGACAACCCCGACUUCCGCGGGCUGCUGCCGCCGCCCGGGGCCGCCCCGGAGCCGCCCCGCGGGGCCCCGCCGGCCGCCUGGUGAGGGGCGCCGGGGCAGCGGCCGGGCGGGCCGUGAGGGGCCGCGGGGCGCGACUCACCGCGUUCUCCUUCCCCCAGGAAAGAGAGGGCGAGCAUCGACACCGAGAUAAAGCGCUUCAUCGCCAAGAAGGCGGAUCUGCUGUUCGUGCACUCGUGGAAACCCAACGGGCCGAUCGAGGACACGAUCGAGGAGAAUGAGGAGUGUUACGCUGUCAUGCCACCCCUGGAGAGGUUCAUGGAGGUGCCCAGGGAGGAGAGGAGAGAGUUGUUCUUCCGCGACAUCGAGCGUGGCGAUAUCGUGAUUGGGAGGAUUACCUCUAUCCGUGAAUUUGGCUUUUUCAUGGUGUUGAUUUGUCUGGGAAGUGGUGUCAUACGGGAAAUUGCAGAUUUGGAAAUCACUGCCCUGUGUCCUGUGAGGGAUGUGCCUCCUCAAAGCAACCAUGGAGAUCCUCUGUCUUACUAUCAAACUGGAGACCUUAUUCGAGCUGCGCUCAAGGACGUCGACCGUUACCACGAGAAGCUUGCAGUGUCGCUUUACAGCUCGGCUCUUCCACCCAAACUUUCCAGCACAAAACUGGGCGUGAUCACUUCUGAUGACUUCCCACUGCAUUAUAAGCGAAGCCUGGAAGUUGCCAACACAGGAGAGACAUUCGAAGAGGUUUUGCAUCGUUCGCCAGGAUUUGCUAAUCCAUCAUUAGUUGAAUAUUUAGCAGAAAAACUGGGACUAAGUGAGUCAAAUCCACCGUCUUUGCUGAGAAGUCUUCAAAUUAAAAAUUUCAGUGAAGAAGAUUUUGCCCCUGCCUUGAGGAAAAAGCAGUCUGCAUCUUGGGCCUUGAAAUGUGUGAAGGCUGGGGUGGAUUAUUUUAAGGUUGGGCGCCACGUGGAAGCCAUGAAUGAGUACAACAAGGCUUUGGAAAUUGAUCCACAAAAUGUUGAAGCUUUGGUAGCACGUGGAGCUCUAUAUGCAACAAAAGGAAGUCUCAACAAAGCCAUAGGGGAUUUUGAAAUUGCUUUAGAAAAUUGUCCUACCCACAGAAAUGCAAGGAAAUACCUGUGUCAGACCCUUGUGGAAAGAGGCGGGCAGUUGGAAGAGGAAGAGAAACUGCUAAAUGCUGAAAGUUAUUACAAAAAAGCCUUAAGCUUGGAUGAGACUUUUCAGGAAGCAGAAGAGGCCUUAACAAAACUCCGUAAGCACAUGCAGAAAUCUUUGGAAAUGAGGGAGAAACAAGCUGCCAAAGAAGAGAGACAGAAAGCAAAGAAAAUAGAAACAAGCGCAGAAAAAUUGCGUAAGCUCUUAAAAGAAGAAAAAAGGUUAAAGAAGAAAAGGAAAGUAUCGACGUCCUCCUCUUCCUCCUCUUCUUCAUCCUCCUCUUCCUCCUCCUCCUCCUCAUCAUCAUCAAGUGAUUCAUCAUCAAAUGUAUCAGUUUCUUCUUCCUCCUCUUCCUCUGAUCACAAGAAACGUAGGAAAAAGCAUCGGCAUAGAUCUGAGUCUGCUCGCAGCUCCAAAAAAAGCUCAUCUAGAGCUUCUUCCCAUUAUAAAGAUCAGAAUAGGAAAGAGGAGUGGUAUUCCCCUCCUGCUGAUACCUCUGCUUCCUUUCUUAACCAAAGUUUUGAAGUGGAAAAGCUGCUGGAAAGGCAGGACAGCGUAGCGUGCCCAAAAAUGGAGGUAAAAGAGAAAGACAGACCCUGUUCUUUUUCGAGGACUUCAGGUGAUGAUGAAGACACUUUUGGAGGUAGGUCUGAAGAUUCAAGAGAUUCUUACAGUAGCUCCAGAAAUCAGCCAAGUCAUAGCAAAAUUGAAAAAUAUGGUAAACCAGAGAGAUUUUUCUCCAGUUGGAGGGGUUCUUCAGGUUCGUAUCAUAAGUCAGAUUAUAAACCCAGGAUGCAUUAUUACAGGAGAUUUGAAAGGGAUGGAGAGUGGAGAAGAGAGCAGUUUAAGAGACAUGGCUCAGGUCAAGACAGGUAUUACAUGUCCCCUGGGUCUGACUAUUCUGGCAGGUCAGGGGGCAAGUACAGGUCAUAUUCUAGCAGCUGCUCACAUGAAGGUGACAAAGGUUAUGAUAGUGACAGGCACCAUAAAAAUGAAAGUGAGUCUAAGAAUAGAAAAAGAAGUUAUGAAGAGACUGACAAAACAAAGGAACCAGAUGAAGAAAUGUCUUUAAAUGGUACAGAACAAGCAGAAAGCAGUGUUAAAAGAAACCUGCCUCAGAACUUAGUUAACAUAUUCAAUCAGAUAGCUGAGUUUGAGAGGGAAAAAGGAAGUAAGCAGAAGAAACAGUGAAGUACCUGAGAAUACACUACUUGGAUGAGUGUAGUUAUGUGAACUUUUAACUUAGUAUCGAGUGAGGAAAUACACACAAAGAGUGAGAGAAAGGCAGAAUUUUUUCUGUAUUCCGAAUGUGAAAGAAUUCUAAAAGAUCAUAUGGUGGAAAGAGAUGGAAGAAUAUCUUACAUAAAAUAUCAGUUAUUAUUUAAGAUACAGAUUUCCUGUGCUCUUAAUUUGAGGUGUUCCUGUACAAUAUUGUGUCUGAUGGGCUGAAAUCCCUUGAUACCUCUGGGUGUAGUUUAGCUGUGCUCACAUCAAAUACGCACUUUAACAACAGAUGGGCUUGGUUUUUCUUGUCCCUGGGGUACAAUUGACUGUUGAUAUUUUUCUAUCAGACUUAACUUCCAGCUAGGAUAACUGAAUGAAGUCAUGUGCCAUCAAUGUAUAUAGCCCAUUUGGUCAUUAAAUUUUCUUAAUUUUUCUUAA